AUGAACUUUGAAAGAUAACUUUAUGAAACUUAUUAAAUUGACCCAGAUCAAUUACAUAAAAAUAUGAACCAAGAAAAUCUGAUUAUUUUAUGUUAAUUGGCAGAUUAAAGUGAUAAUGAGAUAACAUUACAAAUUGUUGGAAGUUUAGUGUCUACAUAUAUUGAUUAGAAUCAUCAAAAUACACCAGAAUUUGGUAAGAUAUUUGAAUUUGCAUGGAAUAGAAUCAAAAGAUUUACAACUCAUUCUAGACCAGUCUAUCAUUUUUUUGCAUCCAUUAUAGCUAAUAUAAUUCUUCACUUUUAUGAUUAAAUACCUGUUUAAUAUUUUAAAGAAUAAUCCUAAAUAAUGAAUAAAUAAGUUUAUCUCAUUAUAAUUGAUACAGUAUUAAGAAGAUUGUAACCAUAAGAUCGAGUUGGAGAAUUCAAAAUUCUAGAUUCAAAACAAAAAGUUGUCAGAUAACAAUUUUUUAAACAUAAUCUUGAUUCCCUUCUAGAAAUCAUUACUACAAGUUUAAUUGGAAAUAAUAAUAAUAAUUCUGAUUUACAAUUAUUGGAUACUGCAAUUGAUCUAUUAAAUUUAUUAUUAUCUUCAGAAAUCAGAGAAGAUUUUACAGAAAAAGAUUGGCAUAAAAUUAAAAGAGCUGAAGUUAAAAAUAAAAGAAAUCUAUAAACUAUUAUGAAAGAAAUUAAAUUUUAAAUUUUAGAUUAAAAUGAAAUUGAAAAAAUGAUACAAAAUUAACAUUUAGAUCAUAUGGAUCCUAUCACUAAUCAUAUAAAAAUGGUUUGGUCUAUAGUCAAAUAUCAAUAAUUCAUUGCUAAAUUAACUGAAUUAUUACCAUUAAACAUUAAAAUAUGGGAAUCUCUUGGUAAAAUUUGUAAAAUUUAUUAAAAAUACUAUUCAAAUGAUAAAUAAAGUAUAGAUAUUAUAUAUUCAAUCACUUCAAAUAUUAUGGUAUCAGAUAUAUCAAAAAUUAAUUCAAUUAAUUUACUUAAUUUUGCAAGUAAGACUAUCUUUGCUAAUCAUACUCCUUAAUGGAUUGAAUACAAUUUAAAUUUAAUUAAAACUUUAACUACUAUAGAUGCUGUUUAAGUAGGACUUAAAUUUUUAAGAAAUCUUGUAAGAUUUUAAAGAUAAUUUGAUUAUACUCAAUUACAUUCAUUUGUUAUGCCUAUUAUUGCAAGCUUUUUUAAUUCUUGGAUUAUUCAAAAUAAUUAAUGGUUUAAUGAUAAAUUUUUAAGAAACAAUAUCAAACAUAUCUUAAAAGAAAUUAGUUGUUUUAUGAUAGAAUAAUAUUUAGAAUUCUUUGCUUAAAUUAUUUAAUUAAAUACUGACUAAAAUAUUUAAGAAUUAGCCUUUAAACAUUAUGCUAUGGGAUUGUUUGCAUCUAUUAAAAGUACAACAUAUUAACUCGAUGUUAUAAAUAAAUUAUAAUUUUACAAGAUGGAUUAAUUUUUAUAUCCAAUAAACUUAGAUUUAUUUAAAUCAUUUCAUUAUUAAGAACUUUAUAGUAAAGCAUUUGAUUUUGCAUUCUUAUAUUUGAAAAAUUAACCUCUUUUCACAGACAGAUUUUUGUAUAAAAUAUGGAAGGUACUUUUUGAUUAAUAAGCACUUAUCAAAUUCGAAGAGAUUAUAUAGAAAAUGUAAAUUGAUAGAAAAAAUAUAUUUAAUUUCAAUAGAAUAUUCUUAUUUAAUGAUCAAGAAUUAAUUUUGAAAUCUUUAAAGAUUUUCAUUAAUGCAAAAAUAAGAAUGGAAGAUUAAUUUUAUUAAAUAAAUCAAAUAAAUAUUCCAAAAGAAUGUUUUUCAGAAUUUCAUGAAUUUAGAAUCAUACCAAAUUAAAAAAUUAUAACAUUCUAUCAUAAAGUAAAGAUGUAUUUGUUGAAUGUUGAAAACGAAUCCAUAAAAGAUUAAUUAGCAUCUGAUCAAUUAAUAUAGAAGUUUAAGAAUGAUUUACUUUAAUUUUUAGAUCAAAUUUAAAAUACAGGAGAUAUAGUAUUUAUACUUUAAAGCAUGUUGAAUGAAAAUGUUAGAAGUCUCUAUGGAGUUAUUAUGUAAAUAAUUGAUGAUAAGGCAUAUUUAAUUUUAUUUGCUUAGACAAUUAAUUUUGAUAUGUUAAAAUUAACAAGAAUGAUGAUAAACACUACUGGAUAAAUUGGUUAAUUAAAACAAGUUAUGAUUGAUUAACUUUAUGAAUGGAUUUUAUAGGUAGUUAAGAAAGUUCAAUUUCAUUUAGAUUCUAUAAAUAAAGAAUUUAAUUAAGAAAGGUAAUUAGGAUAAAAAAGUAUAUAAAAUAUUUAUAAGCUUUAUUAUAAGCCUCUGCUAUAAUUAUUGAAGAUAUUCUAAAAUUUAAAAUACUUAAAUAGAUUAACAACAAGUAAGAAACAAAUAAGAAUUUAGAUUUAUUAAUCAAUUCUAUUAAUUUUCAAAUAUAUCAAUCUAAAUGAUUUAAGUAACUACAUUCACAAAAUGUCUUAAUUAUUUUAUGUGAUAUAAUGGGUAUUGGAAUUUGAAAUUACUAGACAAAUGAUAACUGAUGAAAUAUUUGGAAUUAUUUUAGAUGUAAUUCUAUAAUCUAUUUAUUUAGUUUAUAAACUGUGCAUUAUUAAUACAAGAAAAACGAUCCUUAAUGACUUGCUUAAAGAUUAUAUCAGAUAUCUAAACAUAUGAUUAGUUUAGCCAUUCUUAAUAUGUAUAUCUUAUUUUUAUUUUUUAGAUAUAAUAGAGAUUAAUAGCAGAAAACUGUCUAUUUGGAGCCUUUUUGUAUAAUCUUAGAAUUUCAGAUAUUUCAGUCUUGAUUUUAAGAUACUUUUAAAGAAUGCCUAAUGAUUUUAAUUUGUUAUUCUCUAAACUUAAAUAAAGAAUUUUACCUUACAAAAGCUAAGAAUGGGAUUAAAUUAUCAAUGUCAAGUUAGAUAAACUUUAUUCCAUCAUUCCAAAAUAAUAAUAGUUGGUUAAGAUGGCAACUUAAAACAAAUAAAUAGAAAAAACCUUUACAGAUUAUUUUUAUUAAGUUUAAUUAUUUUAUAAUUAUUAUCCAUGA